AUGGCGAUAGGAGGACGUCAACACACGGUUUCGUCAUUUGAUACAGAAAAUGAGAAUACGGAAUGCCCCUCACAAAUAAUACAGAAGAAACACCCAUCAUACUUGUGCACGCACAGUGGAAUGUUACUCGCAUUUACUGCCAGCGGUUUAUUCUCUAUGAGUUACGUAUGUGCCAAGCUAGUUACCACAGUUCAUCCCUUCGAGGUGCCGUUAAUCCGCUUUACAUUUGCAUUGGCGUAUGUUAUCCCGUUGAUGCUAUACAAGAACGUAGACUUUUGCGAAUUCAGAGACAUUCAAUACAUAUGGUUUAUUUUAUCAUGUGUAUCGAUUAGUGCUGGGUUUGUGUGUUCAUUUAUUGCCAUUAGUAUGAUACCUGUUGGGAAUGUUGUUGUCCUUAACUCUAUUCGCCCCAUUACCACAGCGUUUAUGAGCUGUUGUUGUUUAUCAGAAUCUGUCACAUGGCUUGACUUUGUACUGGGAUUUGUCAGCAUAUUAGGCAUCGCUGCAAUAACAAAACCAGAGUUUAUAUUUGGUAAUUUAUUGUAUAAUGAGUCCAGAACUAGUGGACAUUAUGUACUCGGUAAUUGUACGGCCAUUGCAGUCGCAUUGUUUUCGUCACUGGCAUUCGUUUCUAUGCGAAAAUUGGGAAAGAAAGUUAAUGUAUUAACAAUUAUAUUUUACUCCUCUUUGUGCGGUGUUGUUAUCACCUCAAUUCCUUUGUACAUUAUGAACAGAUUUUCACUACCAUCAUCGCUCAUUGAGUUGCAAUACGUGGUUGUUACCGUUCUCUGUAGUCUUCUGGCACAAUUGGUAUUCCUGAAAUCUCUGCAAAAUGAGAAGGCUACUGUUGUAGCGAUUAUACGAACAAUGGACAUUGUAUUUUCGUGCAUUUUAGAAUAUAUAUGUUUAGGACAUCAACCUGAUUGGACUGAUAUUGGGGGCGCUGUGCUUAUUAUAAUAUCGUCUAUUGGUGUUAUGAUACAAAAAAUUGUGGAUGGUGGAGCUUAUGGUUUUCCACAAUACACUAAGGUGCCAAUGGUGCAAGCUGGCGAACCCACUAAAGUUCUUCCUUUCAUGGUCUCUCAACAUUUACAUUCCCUCAAGAGAAAUCUGAGUGAAAUUGGUGAAUUAAUGGGAAGCAAGGCUGGUAUUCAAGUGAUUGGUAGUCGCGAGUGCUCAAAGGAAAGAAACAAAUCAAGUACUUACAAGUUUAGUUCAGCAUCCAGAAAAGCAAAACUGAAACUUGCGAAAGCUCAGUGUGAUUUGGAACUUUAA